GUUUGUAGUCUUAUGAGGAGUUGGUGAGAGAGAGUGAUGAACUCUGAGCAGGAAAGGCCGUUUAUGUGCAGUGCCCCUGGCUGUUCUCAGCGAUUCCCCACAGAGGACCACCUGAUGAUUCACCGGCACAAGCAUGAGAUGACUCUGAAGUUUCCCUCCAUAAAGAUCGACAGCAUGUUAUCAGACCAGACGCCGACCCCGACGCGCUUCCUGAAGAACUGUGAGGAGGUGGGUCUGUUCAGCGAGCUGGACUGUUCUAUAGAACAGGAGUUCAGGAAGGCCCAGGAGGAAGAGGACAACAAACAGAAUAUCUCUCUACAUGGCCAGAACCUCCAGAACCAGCAGCAUCACUCUCGGAUGGGGACCCAUGACAACAGCAUAGUGAUCCAGCAGGGCCUGCCCUCUCCCCAGUCCAGCUCUGUCAUCACCCAGUCCCCCUCCACCAACAGACAGCUAGGGCCUGUCCCUGGCUCCCUGUCAUCACUACUGCACCUACGGAACAGACAGAGACAGCCACUGCCUGCCUCUAUGGCUGGAACCCUGCCAGACCCCACCAUGCAAGGCUCCUCUGUACUGAUGCCUAUGGAGAGGCAGAUGUCUAUGUGUUCCAGUAUGAUGGGUAUGCAGGGCCCCAACCAUCCCAGCUCCUGUUCCUCACCUCACGGACCCUCCAUGCACUCUGAGGCCAAACUGAGGCUGAAGGCGGCGCUCGCGCACCACCCGGGAGCCAUCGCCAACGGCAACAUGAACAGCAUGGGUCACAUGAUGGAAAUGAUGUCAUCGCGGCAGCAGCAGGAGCAGGGGGGCGGCCACCACCACCUUCACCCCUCCCACCCUCACCAGCACCUGCCGGCUCCGCCCCACAGCCACGCCUACCAGCACCACCCCCACCAUCACCACAGCGGCCACAGCCAGGGCGGGCACCACCACCCACAGGGCCACAACCCCCAUCACAACUCCCACCCGCCUCACCUCCACCCUGGACACCCACACCAGACCUCACCCCCGCCUCACCUCCACCCUGGACACCCACACCAGACCUCACCCCACCCUCCACUUCAUUCUGGACCAGGGUCACAUUCACAGUUGUCCCCGGCGGCCCAGCAGAUGCAGCCGAGCCAGACGAUGCAGUCUCCGACCCCUAGCGGUGGGCGCCGCAGGCGGACGGUGGACGAGGACCCUGACGAACGGCGGCGGAAGUUUCUGGAGAGAAACCGAGCGGCGGCCACGCGAUGCAGACAGAAGAGGAAAGUAUGGGUGGUGUCACUGGAGAAGAAGGCUGAAGAGCUGACCCAGACCAACAUGCAGCUUCUGAAUGAGGUGACCAUGCUGAAGAACGAGGUGACCCAACUCAAGCAGCUCCUCCUCACCCAUAAAGACUGCCCCAUCACCACUCUGCAGAAAGACACCCAAGGUUACCUCAGUCCAGACAGCAGUCCAGCAGGCAGCCCGGCCCCAGCCUGCUCCCAGCAGCAGGUCAUCCAGCACAACAACAUCACCACCUCCAGCACAGCUGUAGGGGGCAGCACUGUGCACGGCCUGCCCAACCACCGCACAGACAUCAACCCCAUCCACUAG